AAAAUUUAAGUUACCUAGUCUCCCUUGUGCCUCUAGUUUUUGUUUAGUUUUCUUUACCCAUGAUAAUCAAUGUCAGUGAUUACAAAGUCCACCGAAUACAGAUCAGGGCAAGCUCCUUGCUCAUGGUAAUUACCUGGAGUUACACUGUGCGUGGCAUGACCUGUGGCCUGUUUUAAUUACUGAAACUCAUUUUGCUUAGAGAAAAUUAUACAUGUACGAUGUUUGUUUGCCCUAAACUUUUGCAACGCUUUACUCUGAAGGGAGCGAAAAAUAAUUAUUUUUUUAACUGAGAGACGCCAUCAAUUCAAAGUGCACAUAUAUAUAUAUUUUUUGGUUUUCCUGUUGUAAACUCACUCCGAGAUGACCUUUGUUUGUUAUGAAAUGUGUGAGCCGCUACCUUGAAAAAGAAUUUAUCAUUCAAAUGGCCAAGCAAAUAAAAAAGCUUUUUCGGCUUGUUUUUAGAAUGGAGUGAUGUAAUACCCAAGGGGAGUGUAUGUUUUCAUUUUUUGAACUACAUUCCAUCACACACCAAAUUUAAAAACCAUUAUCAAUGCGACAGUGAAUGUUUAACAGAUCUGUAUGUUUUAUACACAUUUGAAGGAUGGCAUAAAAUUGUUUUCAAACUAGAGAUGACAACAGUAACAAUUAUAGUACAAAGAAAAUAGCCUCCGUUUCCACGCACUUCCAAAAGCGCCGAUAUGUAUGUAUUGUUUUUUGGGUACCUGGUCUUAUGGCUUGAAAAUUCUGAAGGUACGCAAGCGUAAAAAAUAUGUUUUGUGGCUUGUUUUGAAAAGAGUGAUGUAAUACUCUAGGGACGGAACGAACUUUUUCUAUUUUCAAACUAAAUGUCAUUACACAGGUCUAAAUUUGAGACUCAGUCUCAAUCCAUGGUUUUAAGUCGAAAAAACCUCAGAAUUUGACGACGUUUAACAUCAGACGAUGGCAUAGAAAAUAUUUUCGAAGCAAGCGAGUCUAAAAACUCAUUUAUUGGUUUCAAAAGGAUGCAAGAUUGUGCAAGUUCAGGUUAGAUUUUUAGCCUUUUGUCCACCGAAAUAAAACAAAGAUUUGCUUUUGUUUUAAUUUGGCCACUUUUGUUCUGGUGGCACCACAUCGGAAUUUUUUUCAUUUAAAUUCAUUGAAAGCACUGUGCAUUAGAUGAAGCAUCAAAACAAUGCCAUCGACAAGUUACAAGGACAGUCAAAUCGAGAUGGCACUAGCGAUGUUGAACAACCAUUCAUUUCUUUUGCAUUCCAGCUUAUUAAUUCAGUUGUAGGUAGGCGGCACUUUUGUCCAGGCUAAUUAACUUGGUUUCAGCUAACAAUGGCCAUUCAACUAAGUGUUGAGUAUUAUGUAAUUAAAUGCCAGCAUAAAAAAUGGGCGUUUGAUUAAUGCGUCCUUCAGUUCUAGGGACCGGGUCUUAAAGGACACUCCAGAGCUGCUUUCCAACUACGAUUCACUCCAAACACCGCAAUGAAGACUCUUCUGGUCGCUUUGCUCUUCUGCCAAGUCGUGGUGAAAAGUUAUUCACUUUCGCGUUUUGAGGAGGUGACGGCUGCGAAGUUGACGGAGUUAAAACGGGAAUGGAAAGAAGUCGAGGAGUCCAACUCAAAACUAACAGCAAAACUUGCAGAGCUCUUUGAUGAAGGAGAAAAAGGAUCUGGAGUGGAACCUGGUCCUGGACCGUUAGAGGAAGAGGAAUUGAAAGCCCUCCAUGAAAUUGUUGACGCGCUUCGUAAGCACAUCAUACCUACAGUCGUUAAGGCCUCAAAACAAAGAGAUGAGGAGAGUAAAGAAUAUGCUGGCAAAUUGGUGGAAUUGUUGAAAGGCGAUGCCGACAGAAAGGAAUUAAAGCAAGCACUUGGUAAAACUGUGAUAGAAAUGCACGGAAAGUGCGACAAGAUCCAGGCAGGCUUCCUGAAAUUGGCGAAUGAAUCAGGCUUGUUGAGUCAUUUGAAAGAGAAACUGGGAUCAGAUGAAGAAGAGAAUGAAUUGGAAAAAAUAAAAGAAUUGCUCGAAAGUGAUGAAGAAAACGAUUUCUUUGAGGCGUUGGAGAAAAUGGGAUCAAAAGGCAAAAGUGCUAAUCAAGCUUUAAAAGCCUUCAUAAUCAUAAAUAAACUGUUUUCGAAGGCCACUUGCGGAAAUCCAGCUAACGCAUUGGUCGACCGAAUUGAUGAAAGAAUAAGCGGAGAAGAUCCAGCUGAUCCCUUCCCUGAUCUACCAGACAGAAUCAUUUCAUUGCUCGGCCUGGGUGAUAUCAAACCUCCAAAAGCAUGCAAAAAGCGUAAGGCUUUGGUGGAAAAAAAUGACCAGACUCCAGAUUCUCCUAAAGAGAAAAUGCUCAGGCUCUUUCUUCAAGCGCCCAAGGAUAUCCUUUGCAAAGAUGUACCUGUUGCCAAACGUUACCUGGAUAUCAUUAUGAAGGCAAACGAACUUGGCAAAAAGAUCGGUUUCCUAAAGACUGUGGACACAGCGGAACAAUUCGCCCGAAUUAAGAAGAUCAAAAACCUCAUCGGGCAAGGUCGUUAUGCAGAGGCGGCCAUGCUAGUGGGCGAAACGGCCUUGGAGGAUCUCAGAAAAGGACUACUGAUUGGUCUGACCGUGAAGAAGACAAAGAGGUUGCCUAAGCUGAAACCGACACUGCCAUUGCCGUUCAAACCCAAGGGACCCAAAGAGCUAUUUGACUUGGACAACAUGAUGAGUGCGAGAAGACAGUGAUGCCAAUAUCAAGCAAGCACUAUGAUUUUGCACUACAUGCAGUUUGAUGUGACAAGCCACGACAAGUCCAUGAUAAUUUCAUAAUUUUCGGCGUUUUUGUACGUAUACAUGUAUAAACUUAUAUCGGAACCUGAUCGUUCGAAAUGAGCGUAAAAUAAAAUACAAAGAAACAUGA